GACGCCCAGUGAGCACAGUGUUUGCCCGGGUCUGCAGUCGCGUCAGCCUGUGCAUCUGAAGGGAGUGGAUUUGUUUGGACCUGUUCAGUUCUUUUGAGACAUGUCUAGGUACCACAAGGCAGCGAUCGAUGGCUACUUGGACCUGCUGAAAGAGGCCACGAGGAGGGACCUGAACACUGCGGAUGAAGAUGGCAUGACUCCCACCUUACUGGCUGCUUUCCACGGACAUGUCGAUGCUCUUCAGCUCAUAUGCAGCAGAGAAGGAGACCCCAACAGGAGCGACAUCUGGGGAAACACACCGUUGCACCAUGCUGCAGCUAAUGGCCACAUGCACAUCCUCAGUUUUCUGGUCAACUUUGGCGCCAACCUUUUUGCACUGGACAAUGAAUUCCACACAGCUAUGGACGUUGCUGCUUCCCAUGACCGCAUGGACUGUGUGCGCUUCCUAGAUGCUGCUGCCUCACAGCAGACCAACCAAAAUCCCAAGAAGGUCGCCACUCUCAAAAAGGAAGCUGUUAAGGAAGCAGAGAAACGUGUGAAACUCUGCGAGAAGGUGAAGAAGAAACACCAAAGCAAGAUGGAUAAAAUGAGUCGAGGAGCAGGCAAUACUGGGUCUCUUUCAGAGGCCAGCAUGGCAUCAUCGCUCUCAAACGGUGGUACCAUGUCUGACACCAAUGAGCAGUUCUCCGAGCUUAUCAAGUUAAAAUCAGGCUCGCUUUCGUCCAGAGUUAAAGGCACCCUCCAGAAGAGGCUCGGGAGGAAAGAUAAAGGCACACUACAGAGAUCAGGAGGCGAUGGGAACGUUAUUUUUCUCAAACAGGAGAACGGAGCAUCUGAGAAGCCAGAAUUUCUGGAUGUCUUUAGCGAGCAGGAUGAAAACAUGUCAGACGAAGACGGAAUGGGCGGAUUUGAAGAUGAUGAUUACAGUGAAGAAUCAGGCCAAGUAAAACAGUCAAUCUUCAACCGGCCCGGUCUUGGAGGUCUGAUCUUCAUGAAGAAGAUGGGGCUGGAGUCGGAUGAUGUCCCCAGUGGGAACAAUGAAAACCUUGGCUUCCUCAUUCAGAACAAGUUGUCUGAGGGAGAUGAAGAUGCUGAUGGCUUCGAGGGGACGGGUGACACUGAUCUGCCCUGGGAUCAGGAAGAUCUGGGCCUGGAUGAUGAUGAAGAUGAGGAAACCUCUACUUUGGAUGUGUUCUUGUCUGCCGUCUCCUUGCCAGAGUUUUCCCUUGCAUUCAACAGAGAGCAUCUGGACCUGGAGGCGCUUAUGCUUUGCUCUGAUGAAGACCUGAAAGGCAUUCGCAUCCAGCUCGGACCCCGGAAGAAGAUCCUGGAAGCUGUUGCUCGAAGAAAAAAUGCAAUGAAAUCUCCCGGCAUCAUGAAGGACAGUUGCUUGUGAUAAAAAAAAAAAAAAAUUACCAGUGACUUUUAAUCUUGUUCUUCUUAUCUUUUGUGAAGAGUAAGCCAGUAUUUUUGAUUUUCUAUAUAUAAUCAAAAUGAUUCAGCAAACAAUUUCCCUAAAAGCAAUUCCCACAUUUUAAAGUGAUCAGAGUGUUAAAGUCAUUUAUGGAAGAUUGUACACUGCUUAUUCAACAUUAUCCAUGGAACAAAUGGACACGACAGUUCAGACCAACAGUAACAAUCAUAGGCGACCCUCUGUAAGUCUGGUUCAGUGGGAGAAGAAAAAAUAUAAUUAUUUAGGACAGAUACUUGAUUUUAAAUCAACAAUGUCACUGUGUAGACAAAAACAAGAGAUACAGAAUUGGUCCAUUAAUGAGACAACAUGGUUAGUGACUGAUUUGGUUGUGCUGUUAUGUUUUUCUAUAUAAUAUUUUUUUGAUUUUCAACGACAUAAUUGUCAAAUUAAAAAACAUGUGCAAAAAAUGUCUUUAAUUUGACAUUCUCUUAUGCAAAUACAUUGUGUAUAUCUGAGAUAAAAAACACUCAUGUAAUCCAUAAAAUAACAAAGGCUGUCAACGUGGCUAAAAUAGCAUACAUCCUACAUGUUGUGGCCCAUGGAGGGUAAGAUACCCAUAAGGUAAGACAUUCACAAAAGACCAAUGUAUCCACAUGCAUUAAAUUUGCCUCACUGAAAUUUUUUAAAGCUUGCCCAGGCCAGACAAUCUGGUCCUGCAAAUGAUUGCUAAUAUGCUAAUAUGCUUUUUAUAAGGUGAACAUUUAUCAGUGAUUAUGACUCUCAGUUUAAAUUGGGUCUUUGUAGAAACUGAGGAAAACAAUUUUCACAAUAUGCCCUAACCCUCAUAAUUUACAAAUAACUUCAACUGAGACAAAAACAUGAUGCUGGAUCAGAGGUUGUCGACUGUGAUUGGCUAUAUAUAUAUAAAUAAACAAACAUAUUUGAAAA